GCGGCCGCCUUGGACAAGGGGGUUCCCCGGCGGCCCAGAGGUGGUGCGAAGCAAGCGCGGAAGCGGCGGCGGCAUGCGCUCUACCUCCGCACGGUCCGCGCCUCUGGCGAGCCCCUACUACUACGAGAGGCUAGGCAUCCUCCAGCAUGCGCUGCGGGACAGUGAAAAGAAGAGAUUGGAACUGGAAAAGAAACUUUAUGAAUAUAAUCAAUCUGAUAUAUGCAGAGUUAAGCUGAAGUAUGUAAAACUAAAGAAAUACCUGAAGGAAAUAUGUGAAUCAGAAAAGAAGGCUCAUACUCGAAAUCAAGAAUAUUUAAAGCAGUUUGAGCGUGUCCAAGCUCAUGUUGGACACUUUACCACAAAUACAGAGACGCUUAAAGAACUGAAGAUUGAAUAUGGGACUCAAAUUAAGAAAAUACAGCUACUCUCAAAAGAUAGCCUGGGAGUAAAGAGUGAACUGAAAGAUGAAGACAGAGAAAAGGUUGCAGUGCAGGCAGGAAUUAACUUGGGGACAGCUGUGUCAAGAGGAUUAUAUCAACCAGCAACAGUCUUUACGGGCCGCCAAAUGUCAGCCGUCUCAAACAUUGGAGAUUUCAGUACAGAGCAGAAAUCUCCCCAACCCACAAAGAACUUUUCAAUUCCUGACCCAGAUUCACACCAACAGACAGCCCCAAGCAGUAAUGUGACAGACAGCUAUGUAGUACAAACUAAUAGUGACACACAGUGCUUAAAUAAGUCUCACAAAAUAGACGGAAAGACAUCUCUUCAGAUUGGUGAGAAAACGCCAGUCACAGCCAGCGCAUUGUCUGAGGAGGAACAAACUCAUUGCUUGGAGAUAGGAAGCAACACACGUCAUGGCAAGAGUAAUUUAUCUGACGGCAAAAAGUCUACUGAAGUCCAUUCCCUGUUGCAGGAAAGAUUAAGUCCAGAGAACAGAACCACUAAUUUAAAGUGUGACAGUUCCAGCAGAUCAGAGGGAGAAAUACUGACACGGGAAUAUAUUGAAGUCAAGGAAGAAAGAGCCAGACCUCCCAUCUCUCCAAGAUCACUCUCAGAAUACGGUGCAUCUGAAAAUAAGAGUUCUCAUGAGAAGCAUUCUGCUUGGGAAGGUUUCUCAGAUCAUCUUCCUCACAGGGACUCGAAGUCACAGACGCCCUUCAGAAAAAUUCAGGAAGAGCAGGAGGAAAGUUUGAGCAGCAGCAGUGACCUCACGAUUUCUGUAAGUGAAGAUGAUUUGAUUUUAAAGAGUCCAGAACCACAGCCAAAUCCGAAUGACAAGAUGGAAGGAGAAGAUGGAAUAGAGACCUUAAAAUUAAUCCACUCGGAGCAAGAAAGAGAUGCCCCAUCUACUGGAAAACAUAAUUGUAUUUCGCAAAUCCUAAGCUCUCCUGAAUCAAAAAAGGAAUCCUCCACUAACUCACCAGCAAGAGAGACCUAUAAUCACAGUGGCAUUCUGAAAGAAGACCUUGAAGACUGCAGAGCAGCUGUCCUUCAUCAGCUGUCACCUGGGAGUGGCAGCGAUGAAACGCAAGUCAGAUCUGAACAAGCACCCACCUCAGGCUUAAUGAGGGCACAGUUGGGUCAGUGUGUUGCCACCUUGAAAGAACAGGAUAAUUCGAUCAAAGAAGAGGUAACUAAGCUGUCUGAAUCAGUUUUCCUACUCAAAAACAUGGACCAGAGGACAAGGGCAACAGCAUCAUUGAAAAGAGCCCUUACAGAAGAGUGUGAAGUUAGGUCAGCUGUUCACAGUAAUGAAUUAUCUUGCAACUUGCCAUCUAUUCUGAAUGACAAUAGUGGAAUAAAGGAAGCAAAACCAGCUCUGUGGCUCAGCAGUGUUCUUACAAGGGAACAAGAAGCUUCGAGUGACCGUGUUGACGAGAGCAAGGAAGAAAGCAUGAGAGUAAAGAUUCCAAUCACAGAAACAAAAGCCUACAAGUUGCUGAAGCAGUCUACCCUUCAGGAUAAUACAAAUCAAGUUGAAGGCAUAUUCCAGAAAGCGGAUGCUGCUGCAUCACAACUGUCAGGUUUGAACAUUGGCAGCAGUACAUUCAAGACAAAGACAACUAACAAAAUCGCUUCGGAAGCUAGUUUUUCAUCUAGUGAAGGAAGUCCUUUGUCAAGGCAUGAAAAUAAAAAGAAACUACCUAUCAAUUUAAAGUUGAAAGCCUUCUGGAGUGAGUCUGAUGACAGUAACUCAGAAAUUGAAGCUGCUUUACGUCCUAGAAACCAUAACACAUCCACUGAUCAUUUUGAUAAUUUUUAUGACUAAUAAGCUAUAACAGCUGUUGGAAAUAAAGUCUUUAAAGAAACUGAAACCCUAUUUUCAUAUGUGAUUUCCAAAAUAAA